AUGUUAGAUCAAGGUAUUAUCUCACCAUCAGCAAGUCCAUGGGCAUCACCUGUUAUAUUAGCACCAAAAAAAGACGGUACGCUAUGUUUUUGUGUCGAUUAUCGUAAAUUAAAUUCAGUAACGAUCCGUGAUGCAUAUCCAAUUCCAAGAAUAGAUGAUACACUAGAUUCAUUACAAGAAGCGAAAUUUGUAUCAACACUUGAUUUACGAUCCGGAUACUGGCAAGUAGAAAUGGAUAAAAAUUCGAGAGAAAAAACUGCAUUUGUAACACAUAAAGGUCUCUUUGAAUUCAAUGUUAUGCCAUUCGGUUUAACAAACGCCCCAGCAACCUUCCAACGAUUAAUGGAUAUAGUAUUAGCUGGUCUCAAAUGGCAGUGCUGCCUAGUAUACAUCGAUGAUGUGGUAAUAUUUUCACCAACAUUUGAACAACAUAUUAAAGAUUUAGAAAAAGUUUUUCAAGCCCUUCAAUCGGCAAAUCUCACUUUGAAAGCAUCAAAAUGUCAAUUUUGUCGUCGAGAAAUGCGAUAUUUGGGACACAUUAUUACACAAAAUGGCUUUAAACCGGAUCCAGAUCUAAUUAAAUCAGUAAAAAAUUUUCCUCAACCAAAAAAAGAUCAAAGAUAUUAUUCAAAAAUUGCUGAACCACUACAACAACAACUACGAAAUUCUCAAAAAGGUAAUCAUCAUUUAAAUUGGUCAAAAGGAUGUACUGAUGCAUUUGAAAUAUUAAAAAAUCGAUUAACAAACGCUCCAAUAAUGAACACACCAAAUUUUGAACAAUCAUUUAUACUGGAACUCGACGCGUGUGAAUAUGGCGUGGGAGCAGUAUUAACACAAGAAUACGAAGAAGAAAAAAUGUGA